ACAGGUGCAAUGUGAACGAAAAGUUAAUCCGUGUGCAGGAACCAGUGACACUGUGUGGAUUAUUUCCUUUUCUUCAGAAAACUGUCAGAUUUUAAUAUUUUCUGCUCGGCGCGUUACGUUAUACCCAGGGGGCCUAACCAGAAUCAAACGAGUACUGAAGAUACAGCCUUACCCAGUCACCCACUCCCUUCACGUUAUAGUAUUCCUAAGCCUGGGCGAGACAACGUCAUAUUUUCAUUGGCUACUUUGGAUCGAUUGAUAAUUACUACAAACUCCUCGUAUUAUGUGUAUGUUAUCAUCAGGAUAUUAAUUCCCUUUACACAGCAGACGACAGCCCUAGAACAAGCAGUUGACAUUAGCAGAGUGAAAGGACUAUUCCAAAAACGGACAACUGUUUCCUCUAGGCAGCCGCAUGAUUUUACCAGGAAACAGAGCUUUGGUGGUGCAUAAAAGGAUUAUCUUCAAAUAAACUGGACAUUAGUUCUACUAUAACACAAGCUAGUGAUGCGAGGCAAACACCACGCCAUGAGUGCCAGGCUUGAAGACGACAUGGUUGAGGACAGCGAGCAGACGACUGCUGAAGGAUUCUGGGAUUUGCCCGGGCUGAGGGCCACAGACUAUCAAAUCAGAAAAAGAGCCCGACGUGAAGGGCCAGCCUCGCCCUCAGAUUCGGGAACCAGCUCUACAACAGACAUGACAGAUGAUGGAGAACAGAGAAAAAUGAAAAGCCCUAAAAAGUCAUCAAAACGUCGAAAGGCGUCCAACGCUCGAGAACGAAACCUACGUCGCCUCGAAAGCAAUGAACGUGAAAGACAAAGAAUGCACUCCUUGAAUGACGCUUUUGGUGACCUGAGAGAGGUGAUACCCCACAUCAAAUUGGACAGAAAACUCUCCAAGAUUGAAACCUUAACCUUAGCCAAGAACUACAUCAAAGCCUUGACAAAUGUGAUAUGUGAAAUGCGUGGCGAAAAGACUCCUUACAGCUUUGAUAGCUCCUCAAAAACAAAUGUAGAGGAAGAGACUGAAAGCAUUCUGAGUGUGGAAACGGUAGACAGCGUGGAUAUAGAAGACACGAAUGAGAAUUCUUCCUUAUACAACACUGAUGCUCGGAAUUUCUCAUGAAAAGGAUUUCAUCUCCAUAAAUCACUGACAGACGACCGUGCUAAUGUCAAUGUUUUGUAUAAGUUCGUGGAUUUUGGAUUGCUACAAAAUGAGGAUAUUCGACAUUAUCAUUCGGAGCUCAUUAAUGAAUUCCAUCUUGUGUUCGCGGCGUUUAUUCUGUCACGCUAUAUUCCGGGCACGUGGAUCUUCUGCUGUAUUUUUUGUAAAUUAUUUGCUUGAGAAAUGUGGCGUCUAGUUUCCGGAUUCUAAUUCCAUCAACCAAUAGGAAAAUGAAUCCAUUGAUAUUCUAAUAGCAUGCUAGUUUCCAUGGCCAAAACCCCCCAUCAUUUACAACUUCCAUCACGAACCCUGACAUGAAGUUAAACUUGAAAUGUGUACAAAAGAGAAUCUCGGAAACACAUAGAGGACAAGAAAUAAUCAUAUGUUGUUCUUUAAUUUCUGGACAGCGCAACUGAAAUACUCAAUACUAUAAUGGAACCAGCUGCAAAUACUUCUACCUAAGGGCAUGUCAAAAAGUAAUUUAUAAAUAUCUUCACGUGUAUUAAAUGAAGUUCUGUAUUAAGUCCUGUAUUAAGAUAGUUUAUUGUUAUGACACGCUUGUACAAAUUUGUAUGUAUUUAAACGUGUAAAUAUCUUCUAAUCUGGGGACAUGUGGGUCACGACUCUGCCAAGGUACACUCUCACGAUAAUAAGAGGGGUCCCUAUCACCUGUUUUAUCCUUUCUGCUUCACACGCGUGGCUAAGUCCUGGUGCUACUCGAUACAUCUUAUGCCACAUUUUACCGUUUGCCAUCAGGGUUUUUUCACCUUAUUUUUUGGUCAAAUACAUCUUAUUCCAAAUAAACCUAAAAGAGGGUCAAUUGCUCUUAAAGAACGCAACAGUAACUUCUUCAUUAUGCUACUUUUUUGCUUCAUUUUUAAUUCAGAUUCUAAAUUUCUGUUUUUAAAAAGAUAAAAACUUUUUGCUUUAUGGUAGACAUAGGCCAUUUUCUAUUUCUUUUAGAACCGAAUUCUUUGGGUUUUAACAUACUUGCGUUAUAUCCUGAUUAUAAGAUCAUCACAUUUUCAUUGAUUUCAGUAGCAUAAUUAAAUGUUAAAGUAAUAAUCACAUUCUUUUCUCAAUAAUGGGGAAUGGCUUGUCGAUAUGUUAUCGAUUCUCAGCAGGGCAUUUUCAUUCAUUUUACGUUAGUGUAGGAAUCAACGUUCCUUCUUGUAAUUAGGGGUAUUGCCCACGUGUUUUCCCAAUCUUAACAACAACUGCCUACAAAGGUAAACCUCCUUUGUGUCUUCUACUGAUAAAAUAUCAGCCUCUGGUGACAAAUAUCACUCUUACUAUCGAUAUUUACAGGUUACCUUCACUGGGUAUUGGCCACUUAAGAUUCUAUUAUCUGGGGGCGUGGGCUUGCUUUCUUAGUUGUUUCUUGGGAUUCAAAUGAAGGCAAAAUUUGCUGCUGCAGUACAACCCUGCCAGAACUAAUUUUUUUAACCCUGUUUGUGAACGGUAAAACAAAAUUAUUCUGUGAAACUUUAUAGGGUCCGUUUGAUUUUGUGUUCUUUUGGUAUAAAUGAACCUUUGGCAUAGACGAUGACAACCCCAUUGCCCUCAUGGCUUCCUUUUUGUUUUCUCACUAAAUAUUGUGGUGAAGGUUCUAAAGAGGUCCAUUAAUUUUGGCAGAUAAUUUAUUUCACUCCUUUUAGAUGAUCUUAUUUUUUAUGAUGUAUGUAAAUACUGGUCAGAUAUAAGAUAUAUAUCUAUAUACAUGUAUGUGUACAUAUUCAUAACAAUACACUCAUAGCCAUAUUUAUUUUUGCUAAAUGUACAAUAUAUAUCUACAUAUAUAAUUAUCAUUGGUAUGUCAUUUGUUGAUACCACCCAUGGUAUAUGUAUUCACCCUUUUAAAUCUCCUUAAAAGGAUCAUUGUUUUGUGCCUUUGUUUUUUUUUUUUUGAAUUAAUUACAUUUACAACCCCAUUCUUUACAUACAUUCUUUAAAAAUAGAAAAUGCAUUAAUGUAGGCAUUAUUUUGUAGUCUUAGAGAGCAAGUUUCCAUUAUUAUUGGAUGGUUUUUCUGUUCUAUGUAGUUUAUAACAAGUUAAGGUAGAAACAGGUUGGCAAAAUUUUGUUAUCACUUUACAGAAACAAAAUCAGCGCGAUUUUUUAAAUUAUCUACAAUUUAAAUUAUUACAAUCUCGUAGAAAAAAUAUUUGUAUGAUGAUUUAAGUGGAGGUAAUUUUGGGGGAUAUACAUAUAUUUGUAUUGUAUUACACGAAUACGUUACACUAGUUAUGGUAAACCAAUUCAAUAAAAUAUAUUCCCCCUCGUUUCACUCCCUGACUGCAAGCAUGUAAUUUAUACCAAACUUUUUUUCUGUAAUCUUUAAGCGAUUCUUUAAGCCCCAUUCCUUUCCUUUGAAGUCUAGAUAUUUUCCUUCGGAAAGUAAUAGAUGAUAAUGAGUAUUUUUUUUUUUUUUUUGCUUAACUCGUUUAAUGUUUGAAAUCAACCAUUGUUUUAUUUCAUAAAAUCGUGCGCCAUUACAAACAUGUGAUCAAAUGAAUAAUAAGACUAAAUAAGAAUGGUAUAUUAUUAUAAAGACAUCAAACGAGUGAUUAAGUGCAAAUGUUAACGUAUUUCAGUCAAGACGGUUGUGAACUAGUUGUUUUAAAUAAUUUUUUUUAUGAAUGAGAGUUCAGCAUUAUCAUGAAUAUCUUUAUUUUUACUACCUGAUCAUUUUGAUAAAACCUAUUUAAUUUUUGUAAGAAAAUUAUUAUGAAAAAAAAAUUGAUAAAAAUUGUUGUUUUUAAAGAAAUGAUCUUAAGAAUUCCAUUCUGAUGAUACAAUGUAAUGUUAUGAAUAGAAAUAGUUUAAACAUGGCAUCUGCAUCUUGGGAUUUUUAUAACGGUCACCUCCAUACUAAUGUCAAAGCAUCAUUGUAGCAACUUCCAGGAAGUGCAAAAGUGCACAUGGGAAAUCAUUCUCUUCAAGGCGCAGGAAAAAUCUACGUCAAGAAGGUGCAUGCAAAAAUACAUUCAGUCUUCACAUACUCUAGUGGAUACAUUCUUACCGAAUGACAUGAUUUAAUGUGCUUCCUCACUCCGGAAUGGUUAUACUGUGUAUUUUAUUUGUUUAUGCAUACAUGCUUUUGCUUUGUACAUGUUCAGCUUGCAUUUCCCUCUUGCAUUAUAUUGUUUUAUGAGAAUUGCAAUAAUGGAGUUUUAAGUUUUGCAGUUUAAUCAACCUUAAAAGCAUGUUCAGCUUUCAACUGGGAAGUGUCUAGGUUUUAAAAUUAAAAAAAAAGUUUUGUCUCAAGUUCUGAACUAUACUCCAUGACAUUGUUGAUUUAUGGGAACAAUAUCAUUUUUUUUGCUCCUAAUAUUUUUUGACUGUAAUAAAUACAUUGUUAUCAUUACGAAAGUCUAUUAUUGUUUUUAACAUUAAAACUUUUAAAAGUAGAUUAUUUAUGAU